GCUUCACACAGCCAACAAACACGCCGCUGUUGUGUGCUUUGUUCCACCACGCAUUGCUUGGGUGUCUGUGCCCCACGUCCUGUUGCCUCGCCUCCCAUCUGUACACAGUAGGCAGCCAGCCGAGCAUCAACAGGGCGACUGAGUACACACAGCUGCACUCGCUUCCUUCUUGUUCAUCACUCGCCUUCUUGCUCGUGCCCACUUUUUUUUUUUUCCUUGUCGCCGCCUUGCCCUCUGUUCUCUCUCGUUGGCUUCUUGCUUGCUUGUGUGCUGUGUUUUCAUUCCACGCUGCUGCUGUUGUUGUCGUCGUGUGGCACACACAACAACGUGGAAGCUUCCGAUUCCAUGGCCGCGUUGAAGCAGGCCGCAGCUGGACAGCUGCUCGCCUUUCGCCUCCCUGUGGUCGGCACUGUCCGCAGCUUGGCCAGAACCACAGCUGGAAGCCACGCACACUGCCGUGCAUCCGCGCUUGCAACCAGCAGCACCAGCACCACCUGCACUGGUCCUGCGCACUUGCGCAGACACAUUCAAGCACCCAGCGCUACGUCAGCUGGUAUUGGCAACCCUUGGCAAGGAAGCAAGGCGUGUCCUGGCCACAGCGCCCGUCUACGACACUCACCGUUGCACCAGCUCCAUCACCGAAACACACGGCACUUUCACAGUCACCAUCGCCUGUCACAGCCACUGACGGCCCUGCCUCGUCACCACCACCGUCAACAGCACUUGCACCCGCAUCAUCACCAACAAUACCACCACCACCACCACCAACCGCACCACAGACACCAGCAGCGCCACACCGACUGCCAUCAGCGGCAAGUGCGCUGGUUCAAUGCACAGCCCAACCAAUUUGAGGCCCCAUACGCAAACCUUACUCUGCGCAUCAAGCAGACCGACCAAGGCAGUGCGGUGCCCGUGUCAGCGGCAGGUGCGGCUGCAGAUGUCGCCGUUCCAUCGUCGGGCCCUCAAGCGCCACCGCCGCCUCUGGCUGCCCCAAAGCCGCCAGACAAGCUCACGCCGGUCAAGGAGACAGUCGCGCGGCGUCCCGGCGAGCCUGUGGACCUUGUUGCACGCGUGUGCAAUGUGAUCCGACCCAAGCGCGCUCUUGGCGCCACCGUACUGGAACUGGACACGGAGCACGGGAAGGUUGACUGCCACGCCGUGUCGCCGCCCAUCUACCUGUCGGAGGCCAUCCGCGUGCGCGGGUCGUGGCAGAUCAGCGAGGACGGCACAAAGUGGUGCGUGCACGUCGGCGACAAGUUUGGCGGGGAGUUCAGCACAAAGGAAUGGAAGGACGCUGCGCGCGAUCAGAAUCAUCUUCUACUCGAAGAACUUGAUCGGUCCAUCGGAGACCCGUACAAGUUCCUCCUCCACUUCAAGGGGGUGAAGCAUCGUCGUGCACUGCGUAUUGUGGAGGCAGCACAGAAGGCGAAUGUGUCUGUGUUUGAGCUCAUUGAGAGCGGUGGUCUGCAGUCCAUUCCAUACGUCAGGGAGCUGGGCAUUGAGGAGAAAUGGAUGCGCGUCAAAACGCUUCGCUCCCUUGUGCGGCUGAUGCUGCUGGCGUGUGCGGGUCUUGGUGUCGAGGAGUACUACAUCUUGCUCUGCUCGCAAGAGCUGUACGAAAAGUUUGGGAAAGAUGCAAAGGCCGUCCUCCUGCGAAACCCAUACUGCGUGCUUGCGCUGGACAACUAUCUGCCCAUGGUGGCUGUGCAGCGGCUGGCGACGAUGAACCGCGACACGCCCCCUUCGCUUGAUGACAUCAUGGAGGGGCAUUGCCUCAGUGCCCUGCGCCACGACGAGCUUGCAGGCAAAUCCUCCCUCACGCUCAGCCAGCUCACCUCCUACGUCAUGAAGCGUCUUGAUGGCCAGGAGGGCGUGACGAAAGAGGCAAUCCACCGCAUCAUCAACAACAGCGCCGAGCUCAUCGUCUCGCACACCAGCAGCGACAGCGGUCGUGGCCACACGGGUGCAAAUGGCGCCACUGACACCAACUUCCACGUCAGUGCUGCUGACACAACGACAGAUGGCAACUACGGCAGUGCCGAAGCGGGGGCGCAUGAGCACAACGCAAGCGGCGCUCACGUGGGUGCUGCUGCGGAUGAUGCUAUCGGUGACGACCCGUUUGCUGCUGACGAUGAUCUCGAUGCGUUUGGUCUCGACGAGCACUUCCACGACGACAUGGAUGACCAGGACAUCAGUGACAGCAGCAGCAUCGGCAAUCGUGGUGACGAUAUGUUGCUUCUCGAUGCUCCACAGCCGUCAACCGUUCAGCGCACGCGACUCAACAAGAUGCUCACCUUUGUCUCCUCCGACUUGAAGAAGCGUGCAAGCCUCUCACCGCCGUGGGAUGUCAAUGACCUGCGGCUAGAGGGGCACCCUGCCAUCUAUCUGCUGUCGCCAUCGCAGCAGAACGCCGUCAAAUCUCUUCUCCGCUGCAAUGUUGGCAUUCUUACCGGUUUCCCCGGCACAGGCAAGACCACGCUCAUCGCCGGCCUCGUCAGCGCCCUCGAGGCGGCGAACAAGACGGUGCGCCUUGUUGCACCGACGGGUCGUGCUGCCACUCGCAUCACCUCCGCCCUCAUGCGCAGCUCAGAGAAGGCAACCACUAUCCACUCCUUUGCCCGCCUCGGCAUGUACUGGGACGUUGAGCCACCGGCAUCACUGAAACCGAAAGUGGAUGACGUCGACGCCCUCAUUGUUGAUGAAGCGUCGAUGCUCAGCGUGGAAAUGGCAUACCCGCUCCUCAAGUGCCUGUCCCCGCGAACGGCCAUCUACUUCAUCGGUGAUCCAGACCAGCUCCCGCCGAUUGGGGCGUGCGGCAUCUUCAAUGUUGCGCAAACGCUCGACAUUUCGCCUGUCAGGCUCACAGAGGUUCACAGGCAGCAAGCAAACAAUUCGCGCAUCCAGACUGUUUCGCGCGAGAUUGCGAGCGGACGCGUGGAGAUUGACGUCCUUGAUCGCCUCCCGUCCGACCACACAGACUUUGCCUUCCUCUUCUGUAACGAUAAAGACAUUCCAACUCGCGUCGUUGAACUUGUCACGCAAGAGAUUCCUGACCAGUUUGGGUUUGAUCCUCUGAAAGACAUUCAGGUGCUGACGCCGCUUCGCCAGCGCGGGCUUGCAAGCUCCCGUCAGCUCAACACGAUGUUGCAGGGGGCAUUUGUGGACAUGGCCGAGGACAAGGACCAGCGCACCAUCAACAGACACGGCUUUCGCCUCUCAGACAAGGUGAUUCAAACGGUGAACAAUAGGGAGAAGGACGUGUACAACGGCGAAAUGGGCCAAGUCGUCUCCAUUCCCAACAAGCGGCACCACGUGCUGGAUGUUCAGUUCGAUCGCGGACAAACAUCAAACCUGCACGAGGGCGAUGUGAUUGUUGGGUACAGCCCAUUUGAUCUUGAUACGCUUGCACUCGGAUAUGCCAUCACCAUCCACAAGGCACAGGGGUCUGAGUUCCCGGCUGUUGUGAUUCCGCUGACGAUGGAGCACGCCUCGUUCCUGAACCGCAAUCUCCUCUACACGGGCGUCACCCGCGCACGCCGGCUCGUCAUCUGUGUUGGGCAGCAUGCGGCCUGGCGACACGCCAUCAACACCACACAUGCGCUCGCACCCCACCUCGCCCGUUGACCCGCUUUCAUGAUCACCGCUUGUGUUUUGUGUGUUCUUUCUGCUUCGCUCAUGCAUGUCCAUAAACGCUUGUUGCUGUUCUGCGUUCCCUUGCUUGCUGUUGUUGUACUCGAGAACACAGCGGCUUGUUCAUUGACAACGAUGCCACCCACGUGCUUUGUUGUUGUUGUUGCUGUUGUUGUGGCACACCAUCGCUGUGUGUGUGUGUGUGUGUGUGU